CUUGAGACCUACGGCUACACCGUAUAAGUAAAAAUAACAGGAAGCAAAUUUCUGCCUUCUGAAUUCUGAGUUGGUGAGUUAAGGCUCGAGCCAAUUGAAACAAAUUCCACAUUUUCCAUUUCCAUAGUGUUCCCAUCAAACACACAAUUCAACAAGCCUUCCUUUCUUCUUUGUCUCUUCUCCUUGUUCUAAUCAACCCCGUUUUCUCUUUCCUAAAUUUUUUGUAGAGAUUAGCUUCUGUUCAACAAGAACAGAAGACAAACGAACAAAGAGGUGAUGACAAGGAGAAACAUAGAUGUAUUAUUGUCAAGUUCAAAUUCAGCAACUUCUUCAGAUCAAUUGUUGAUGUUCCCUCCUAAUUUCCCUCUUGUUUCUUCUCUGCUUGCCAUUUCUCUCGCUCAGUUUCUCAAGAUCUUCACUGCUUGGUAUAAAGAAAAGAAAUGGGACUCUAAAAGAAUGCUUAGCUCUGGUGGCAUGCCAUCAUCACAUUCAGCAGGUGUGACAGCGCUUGCUGUGGCAAUUGGCUUGCAAGAAGGAACAAGUGGAUCAGCAUUUGCUCUAGCUGUGGUUUUGGCAUGCAUUGUGAUGUAUGAUGCAACUGGUGUGAGGCUUCAUGCUGGUCAGCAAGCUCAAUUAUUAAAUCAAAUCGUUUGUGAGCUGCCUCCUGAACAUCCUGUUUCUAAUUGUAAACCGCUUCGAGAUUCCUUAGGUCAUACACCUCUACAGGUUGCAGCAGGCGCGAUUUUGGGUUUUGUUGUUGCUUACCUUGUGAUGUUCUACCGAUAAGACCACCUAAAACCGACGACAUCUCAAGAAACUAAACAGAAGUCUUUCGACCAGCACAUACAUCUAUCUUGGUUCGAUCAAGAAUUCAAUUCCUUUCGUUUGAACACAGCCGUAACUAGAAACCGAUCAGUCCUCGAUGUUUAUCAUACUCGAGUUUCACCAUUACAUAGCUCCGUCCUAUUAAACGUGCCAGUUUUCCCAUUAUUUUGGGCUGUCUAGUUUAGGCCUAGGUAACCAAUUGUAUCUAUUAUUUUCUUUACAGAAUUGAAAAAGAAAUCUAAGAUAGAAAAAAUACAAGUGUUUACUCAUAAGCAUGCCUCAAAUUUUUUCCGUCCCUCCAAACGAGUUUUAUGUGCUUCAAUUUCAAAUGUCAAAUAUUUCCCGAUAUCUUUCUGGCUCUGUAUUGUACGAUAAAAAAUGAAUCGCUGAUUUAUUUUGGUUCAUUUUGCUAAUUAUGUAUUUUGAAAUUAAGGUUUUGAUAUUGUUAUUGAUAUUAUUGUAA